AUGGAUUAUACCCUGUGUAUGAGGUUUAAUAACUUGAGAAUCUAUUUACCCGAUGACUUAAGCAAAGGUACAAAGAAUGAUAUUCAUAUAUUAGGGAAUAUUAAGAAUUAUUGCUCUAAUGGAGAAUCAGAGGGAACAGGAUGUAAGACUGAUCUCGAUAAGAUAAAUGGUGCUUGUCUAUGGUUGUUUGACCAAUUGCUUUUGAAAAAUAAAUAUAAUAUCAACAUGGUUGAAUACAUUAUUAUAUGGUUAAGUUAUAUGCUAAAUCAAAAGACACAUGAAGGGAUCAGCAAUUUAAAUGACUUUUAUACUAAAUAUAUACAGAAUAAUACUUAUUAUAAUAAGUGUGAUAAUUCUGGUAAAGAUUGUAGUGAUACAUUAAAAGAAAUAACGAAAUAUUCAAAUUAUAAGGAAAUAAUAGAUAAUAAAAUAAAUUUUAUGACUAUUGGUAUUAAUGAUAUGUCUAAAUUUUAUGAUGCAUUUAAAUCAUUAUGUAACAUGUAUAUUGAACUUGAUGCAAACGACCCCAAAUCUACGAAAAAUUUAGAGAAUGCUAAAGAAUUUAUUAAAAAAUACGAAAAACUUAAUAAUGAUUCUGGAAUUAGUGGGCACAGUUCAUAUAGACAAAUAUUGUCUACUUUAUCAAAUGAUUAUGAUAAUUUUAAAAAUUAUUGUGAUGAUAAUAAAGUUGAUUGUAACGAUAUACCACUCCUUCCAGAGAUAAAAAAAACAAACAAUCCUGUACAAGAUUCUGGACAAAAAAUUGAAGCUACAUCAUCAAGUUCGUCGAUUACAAGCAAAUUAAUUCCAGUUUUAUCGACAUUAGUUGCAAUAGCAAUUUUUUUAGGAAUUUCUUAUAAGUAUUCGUUAUUCGGAUUUCGGAAACGAUCUCAAAAACAAUAUUUAAGAGAAAAGAUAAAAAAAUAA